GGGGAGCCACCGGGGACGGGGGGCGGCUCUGCGGAGGACGGUGGCGGGCCAGCGCGGGGACGCCGAUGCUCGCACCUCCCUGCCGCGGGCAACGCUUCCAAGUCUGAGCCGUUCCUGGAUCCUGUGGUAUUUCUGUACUGCAGAAAUGAGCUCUGUGGCGACAGACAAGGUUGCAGGGAAGCUGAGCUCUACUCUCUCAUGGGUGAAGAACACUGUAUCGCACACCGUCAGUCAAAUGGCCAGUCAGGUGGCAAGUCCAUCCGCCUCGUUACACACUACAUCUUCUUCUACCACUCUGUCUACACCGGCAUUAUCACCAUCCUCACCAACACAGCUGAGUCCAGAUGACUUAGAAUUACUUGCUAAACUUGAGGAACAGAACAGACUCUUGGAAACAGAUAGCAAAUCUUUGCGAUCAGUAAAUGGGUCAAGAAGAAAUAGUGGAUCUUCUCUUGUGUCUAGUUCAUCAGCUUCUAGCAAUCUCAGCCAUCUUGAAGAAGACUCAUGGAUCCUGUGGGGGAGAAUCGUGAAUGAAUGGGAAGAUGUACGGAAAAAGAAAGAAAAGCAAGUUAAGGAGCUUGUUCGAAAAGGGAUACCUCAUCAUUUCAGAGCAAUUGUUUGGCAGCUUUUGUGCAGUGCUCAAAGCAUGCCAAUUAAGGAUCAGUAUUCAGAGCUUUUGAAAAUGACAUCUCCUUGUGAGAAAUUAAUAAGAAGGGACAUUGCCAGAACAUACCCUGAGCAUGAUUUUUUUAAAGAAAAAGACAGCCUUGGACAGGAGGUCUUGUUUAAUGUGAUGAAGGCUUAUUCUUUGGUGGAUCGUGAAGUUGGAUACUGUCAAGGAAGUGCUUUUAUAGUUGGAUUACUGCUUAUGCAGAUGCCAGAAGAAGAGGCGUUCUGUGUGUUUGUUAAAUUAAUGCAAGAUUACAGACUACGAGAGCUCUUCAAACCAAGCAUGGCUGAACUGGGCCUUUGUAUGUACCAGUUUGAAUGCAUGAUACAGGAGCAUCUUCCAGAGCUUUAUGUGCACUUUCAGUCUCAGAGUUUCCACACUUCUAUGUAUGCGUCGUCAUGGUUUCUAACUAUAUUUCUUACCACUUUUCCACUACCAAUUGCAACAAGAAUAUUUGAUAUCUUCAUGUCUGAGGGUUUAGAGAUAGUAUUUCGAGUAGGUUUAGCAGUACUGCAGAUGAAUCAAGCAGAAUUACUACAACUUGAUAUGGAAGGAAUGUUACAGCACUUUCAAAAGGUCAUUCCACAUCAGUUUGACAGUGGGCCAGACAAAUUAAUCCAAGCAUCUUACCAAGUCAAAUACAAUGCAAAAAAGAUGAAAAAGUUAGAGAAGGAAUACACUACCAUAAAGACAAAAGAAAUGGAAGAACAAGUUGAAAUUAAAAGGUUACGAACCGAAAACAGACUCCUUAAACAGCGCAUUGAAACACUAGAAAAAGAAAGUGCUUCCUUGGCAGAUAGAUUGAUACAGGGACAAGUGACAAGGGCCCAGGAGGCUGAGGAAAACUAUCUUGUAAAACGGGAGCUGGCCACCAUCAAACAGCAGAGUGAUGAGGCCAUUACUAAACUGGAGCAAGCUGAGAAUACCAUCAGGGAGCUCCAACAGCAGCAGCAAUGGCAUAAAUGCAGUUCACGAUACAGUGAAGACUUUGUGCUACAGCUGGAAAAAGAGCUGGUCCAAGCCAGGCUGAGUGAAGCAGAAUCCCAUUGUGCCCUGAAGGAGAUGCAAGAUAAAGUUCUAGAGAUGGAAAAGAGGAACAGCACUCUCCCUGACGAGGAAAACGUUGCUAGAUUACAGGAAGAACUGAUUGCAGUAAAAUUAAGAGAAACAGAAGCUCUGACAGGUCUAAAAGAACUAAGGCAACAAGUCAAAGAUUUGGAGGAACACUGGCAGCGUCAUCUGGCUCGCACCACUGGAAGAUGGAAAGAUCCUCCCAGAAAAAACGCAGUGAAUGAGCUACAGGAUGAGCUCAUGACAGUCCGAUUGAGAGAAGCAGAAACUCAAGCUGAACUGAAAGAGACCAAACAAAGAAUGAUGGAGAUGGAAACACAGAAUCAGAUCAAUAGUAACCAUUUACGAAGGGCAGAGCAAGAGGUUACCAACUUAGAGGGGAAGGUACAGUACCUGUCUGCACAGAAUAAAGGACUUCUUGCUCAGUUGAAUGAAGCAAAACGUAGACAAGCAGAGAUUGAAUGCAAGAGUAAAGAAGAGGUGAUGGCAGUGCGGCUCCGUGAGGCAGACCGCAUCGCAGCUGUGGCUGAACUCCAACAGCAUAUUGCUGAAUUAGAAAUCCAGAAAGAAGAAGGGAAAAUUCAAGGGCAGCUUAAUAAAUCUGAUUCUAACCAGUACAUCAGAGAACUGAAAGAUCAGAUAGCUGAGCUGCACCAUGAGAUCAAAUGUCUAAAAGGCCAGAGAGACUUCUCAGACCAACCCACUUUUGAUGGGAUUCACAUUGUCAACCAUUUCACAGGAGAUGAUGAAUCAUUUCAUUCUUCUGAUGAAGAUUUUAUAGCUAACUCCAUACAGGAGAGUGGGGUGAACUUUCAUCUACACAGGAGGACUGGUGAGAUGGCUUUGGAUCAUACAGUUGUGGACAGCAGUGACAGUGAUACUGAGGAAAGUGCCCUUCCAAGUGGAAAUUCAGAUCAGAUGAGAAGAAUGGAAUCUUACUCUACUACUGUGUGAUUAUCACUGUGACUAGCAUUGAAGACUUUCAUAUUUCUUUAAGGGUGACAUCAGAUAAUGGUAACUAUCCCGCAGCUGGUUUAGGUAACUAUUGGAUCUGUUUUGGACAGUGCUAACUAACAUGCGCUGUCGAUCUGCCUUCUCUCUUUGCCAAAUCUUACCAAUGCCAUACCAUUGCCAUAAAACAGGCUGGGAAGAAGCUGACGGAUGACAGUCCUGACAGUAUUAUUGAAUGUUCCUUGGUUUAGAAACUGCAAAUAUACCAUUUCUUUAAUGCAUAAGAAGCAUUUUUGCUUUCCACAAAGGAAUUACUUUCCUCAAAAGAAACUGCUCUUGUGCAAUAUUUUAUGCUCUGAACAAAUGUGUUUUACAUUGUUACCUGUUUGUGAUCAAGAUGGACCCUAGCAGACCAUCUGAUCAUGACACGUGUAUAUAUAUGUAUACUUAUGCUUCUCAGUUACUUUUGUUUUUACUAAAGUUAUUGGAUGCCCACAAAAGGCUUGAAAGAGGAGCCUUUAUCUGUACUACUUCAUAUAUGCGAAUAAUGGUCACUAAUGUCAUAAAGGUGUUUUUCACCAUUUUCACUUAGAUUCUAUGUGCAUCUGCUUUUGAUGUUGCUAAAAUAAUACCUGGUCUGAAUAUAUUAAUUACAAUAAUGUCUAUUUUGUACAUAUUUAUGUAUCUACACCAAACAGAAAAUGUACAUGACACCAUUUUAUAUGAAGAAUGUAAAUGUUGCAAUAUUACUGUGUCUGGUAUUAUAACAGGAAAAUGAAUUCUGUAUAUACACACUAGAAAUGAAUUACUAAAUAAAGGCAAAACACUAACUUUAAGUUUCAUCCUAGCUACACUAACAGGUUCAUGUCAGAAAUGCUUGUUCAAAACACUAUUGACUGACAUCCUUUACCUUCAUAUAUAUGUAAUGAAAAUAAAUUUUUCAUGAUUUAACAAGGUUGCAGCAUUUACUGUUUACUCACUUUUAAGCUACAGCCCUUGGUUCCCACAUAGUUGUUUACUGGCUCUAGAUUAGAGUGGCAGUUCAAAUAAGGUGAAAAAUUAUUAAUGUCUUACAGUUAGUUUUAAUGAAGGCAUGGUUAGUGCAGUAUGCAAGUUCAGUCAUCUUACAGUUUUAUACUGCACAACUAAGGAAAAAGCUGUCGCUCCUGCCACUAAAUAGCUGUGAUUCCCAAAAGCAGUAGUAACUGAGUAUUCUGCUUUCAUGUUCUCCUGAAAAUUGAGAUCCAGUAAAAUAACCCUAGCUUCUUGAAGAGAAUAAGAAAUUCUUCUGUUGUCAUCUCAGCCACAUUCUAGUCAAGAAUAUUCUUAAUGGCAGCUAUUAUUGCCCUAUUGUGUAAUUAAGCAAUUUUUAAGACUUUGUUUUAGCAAUGUUUGGAACUGUUCUAUUAGUAAGACCAAAAGACAAACCCAUGCAGAAUUUGGAACUGAUUGUCAGCACAUGUUAACCAUCUUGCUAUCCUCAAGAAGCAAGGUAGUUUUGUACAGUUGUGGAAGUGUGGAAGCAUACUGCAGCAUACCUGCUGGUCCUAGGAAUUUCCUUUUACUUUGAAUAUGUCCUUACAAAGAAACAGCACAACUGAGGACAUAACACAUGUUCAGAGAAUGACAGGAAGGCACAUUCUGGGCAUCUCAACAGUAUUUUAUCUGCCUGGGUGCAAUCUUAUUUCAGUCUUAAAAAAGGUGAGUGACAAAUACCAAGUUACCAAUUAAUGCAGCUCCAAACUUUCUUCUAUAUUUCAGCAGAAGUUUUCCCACAUUCUACCAAUGAAUAUUAAGUUCCCAGUACAGCUUGUGAAAAUUGCUGUCUCUGAGGUGGAUUAGGUAACUGUGUGAUCCUUGUUGGAAAUCCAGUGUAGGCAAAACCAAAUCAGAAGCACUUUUGUUUGCUAACAAGUAACAGUUGCCUUCUUUCCUUCCAAUCAACAUCUGGUAACUUGUGUUUGCACCUGGAUAGUUGUUGCCCAAGAGGCUAGAUGACAAAUAUCUUGUUGCCUGUCAUCAAUACCAGCUGCAAGUCUCUCUUGAAAGCAAUGUUCUAUAGUAAGUGGUAGGCACAAAAUUCAGUUGGAGAGCCAUAAAAAUCCUGUCUGUUUGAACAGUGAAGUGUUAUGAUUUUGCAAUAACUGCCUUGUUGUUCAAGUGAUAGCAAAUGCGAUUAGUUGGCAAGGGUUGUUUCCUGAACUUCUGUGGUUUUUAAAGUAUACUAACAAAAUAAAUACUGAUACUGAAUAUCAGCAUUAAAAAAUAUGAAGAGAAAAGCAAAAUUCCUUAUCUAACUAGCUACAUCUCCUACUGAUGAGGGUGCACAUGACGAGGGACAUGCAGCAGUUUCAGCAGACUUAGUUACAGAGUAUUCUAGGAAGAUAACCUGACAAAGGCUGUUUGAAAUCAUCUUGCUUUUCCUGCAACUGUUCUACAAAAAAAUGACACUAAUCUCUUUGCCUGUGUGUAUUAUAGAAUAAUGUCUUCAACAGCAUAGAUAAUCUAUUUACUAACAUGUAAUAAAUAAAGCAUGUUAAUUAUGCUGUGUGGCAUGAGCUCGCUUGCAUGACCUUCUAACAAAUAUUGCCGUUCUCUU